CAUCAAUACGAAAAAUGGGUGCAUGUUGUUCGUGCCAAGUGGGUACAAGACUCCGAGGGGGCUUAUCUGGUGACCAUUGUAUCGGGCUUAAUGAUAACAAGGAGGCCGAGGAUGAUGGCCAAGUGAUAGCCAUUGGUGCUUAUGGGGCUCGUAUAAGGUUACGUGGGUCUACCAAAUUUGUAUCCAUGUUCUCACGAAAAGGUCGAAAGGGGACGAAUCAAGACGCCAUGACCGUUUGGGAAGACUUUGGUGGCAAUAGGGGAGUGGUCUAUUGCGGUGUAUUUGAUGGACAUGGUCCAUCAGGUCACAAGGUAUCACGUUACGUACGUGAUACCUUGCCAUCAAAACUCUCGUGGUUGUUAAGAGGGUCACAUAUUCGUGGCAGAACUUGUGCAAAUCGUGUUUAUGGUUUUGGCGAUGAGGUGAUCAACGUCAACGAUAGUAAAGAUCCCGUUUUGUAUUCAUGGAAAACAAGUAUCGCAAGAUCAUUUAAAGAAAUGGAUGACCGUCUAGAAGCACAUAGGAGUAUAGAUAGUUAUUGUAGCGGCUCAACAUGUGUAUCCGUACUUAAACACGGCGAAAAUUUAAUAAUCGCAAAUGUGGGAGAUUCUCGAGCACUUCUUUGCACCAGACAUGGUAAUCAACUGCACCCGAUCCAGCUCACAGUCGACUUGAAACCACAGACUCAAGGUGAAUAUGAAAGAAUAAAGAGAUGUGGUGGGAGAGUAGGGGCAAUGGGACACGAACCGAGCAUAUAUCGGGUAUGGAUGCCGGAUCAAGAUUGCCCUGGACUUGCAAUGUCACGGGCUUUCGGGGAUUUUUGUUUGAAAGACUAUGGACUUAUAUCCGUACCGAAUGUAUAUUAUCAUAAACUUACAGAACAAGAUGAAUUUGUGGUCUUAGCAACUGAUGGAGUGUGGGAUGUCCUUAAAAAUGAGGAGGUGGUAAAGAUUGUUUGGUCAGUGAACAAGAGAUCAAUGGCAGCAAGAUUUGUUGUUGAUUAUGCAGUGAGAGCCUGGAGACAAAAGUACCCGGCUUCGAAAAUCGAUGAUUGCACCGUUGUUGUAUUAUAUUUCAAGAAACGACUGUGUCUAGCCAACUCGGCCCCGGAAGAGAUCAAUUUAGGUUCACUUUAA